UCACGACUAUUGUGACAUCCCCAACAAUCGUCUCCAAUUAAGAAAGAUUAGCUUAAGAUUAGAAUAAACAAAAACAACAAGAACACACGAAAACUACCUUGCAUAAUCUCGUUUUUCACGCAUGUUACCCAUGCGGUUCGGAAGACGUCGGGCGUGUUUUAAAAAUAAAACAUUUUUGAACCGAGCGCGCGGCGAACAGUGAGCGAGGAAUAACCUAGUCAGACGGUUCGCGUAGUGUGCUGUGGUGGAAGUGUCAAUUCUCGAGAGUGUGCUAUAUCUACGAUUGUUAUCGAUCUUUAAAAUAACCACCACUACAUGCUAAGGAUACCACUAGAACAGAAAACAACACACAAGAACCGAAAUGUUUUCAAGAACCCUCCUCUUACGAUCCAACAAAAUCAAUCGGAUCGUACGAUGGAACUAUUCGACCAAAGUAGAAUACAGACCCAUUAGAAGUGUUUUAGUUGCCAAUAGAGGAGAGAUAGCCGUUAGAGUAUUUAGAGCAUGUAACGAAUUAGGAAUUAAGUCAGUAGCUAUAUAUUCGAAAGAAGACAGAGCCCACAUCCAUAGACUGAAAGCAGAUGAGAGUUAUAUGGUCGGUGAGGGACUACCUCCCGUAGAAGCCUACCUGAAUAUACCAGAAAUCAUAACUAUAUGCAAGGACAAUGGCAUCGACGCCGUCCAUCCAGGUUAUGGGUUCCUUUCGGAACGUUCAGAUUUUGCUCAAGCGGUUCUCGAUGCCGGAAUCAGGUUCAUCGGACCGUCACCGAAGGUGGUGUACCAAAUGGGUGAUAAAGUAGCUGCUAGGGAAGCUGCGAUGGCAGCAGGAGUGCCAAUUGUACCUGGAACUGAUGGACCAGUCACAACCUCAGAGGAAGCGAAAGAAUUCUGUAACAAACACGGUCUACCCGUAAUUUUCAAGGCUGCCUACGGAGGAGGAGGUAGAGGAAUGAGAGUUGUGAGGAAUAUGUCAGAAGUGGAAGAAAGCUUUAAAAGAGCUUCGUCAGAAGCUAAGAGUGCGUUCGGAAAUGGAGCUAUGUUUAUCGAAAAGUUCAUCGAAAGGCCCAGACAUAUUGAAGUCCAACUUUUAGGUGACAAAGCUGGAAACGUUGUGCAUUUGUAUGAACGUGACUGCUCAGUACAAAGAAGACAUCAAAAAGUUGUUGAAAUGGCGCCCGCUCCUCAUCUCAGCCAAGCAGUGCGAGACAAAAUGACAGAUUUAGCCGUUAAAUUAGCCCGACAUGUUGGAUACGAAAACGCCGGUACCGUUGAGUUCUUAUGUGAUGAAAAGGGCAAUUUCUAUUUCAUUGAAGUCAAUGCGAGAUUGCAAGUGGAGCAUACGGUUACUGAGGAAAUUACUGGAAUUGAUUUGGUGCAGUCGCAGAUCAGGAUUGCUGAAGGAAUGACCUUGCCCGAGUUGGGAAUCAAGCAAGAGAGUAUUAAACCUGAUGGCUUCGCCAUCCAAUGUCGUGUCACGACUGAAGAUCCAGCCAAAAACUUCCAACCCGACACAGGUAGAAUUGAAGUAUUCCGGUCCGGAGAAGGUAUGGGUAUCCGUCUCGAUGGAGCCUCAGCCUUUGCAGGAGCUAUCAUUUCGCCAUACUACGACUCGUUGUUGGUGAAAGUCAUAGCCCACUCGAAAGACUUAGCCAGUUCCUGUGCCAAAAUGAACAGAGCUCUUAGAGAGUUCCGUGUCAGAGGCGUCAAAACGAACAUUCCAUUUUUAUUGAACGUGCUCGAAAACCAGAAGUUCCUAAACGGUUCGGUGGAUACCUAUUUCAUCGACGAAAAUCCACAGUUGUUCAAAUUCGCCCCUACGAAGAAUCGAGCCCAAAAACUGCUGAACUACCUAGGAGAAGUCUUAGUAAAUGGUCCUCAGACGCCUUUGGGAACGACCUUGAAGCCUGCCGAAAUUAAACCACAUGUGCCUGUUGUGUCGCAAGAGUACCUGGUGACGAAUCCUGACCAUGUUCCAAGUAUUGAACCACCAAAAGGAUUCCGUCAAAUCUACAAAGAACAGGGACCAGAAGCCUUCGCGAAAGCCGUUCGAAACCACAAAGGAGUCCUGUUGAUGGACACCACCUUCCGAGACGCCCAUCAAUCUCUUCUAGCAACCCGUGUCAGAACCCACGAUCUCCUAAAGAUCUCACCGUUUGUAGCUCACAACUUCAACCAGUUGUACUCGCUGGAGAACUGGGGAGGAGCCACCUUCGACGUAGCUCUAAGGUUUCUACACGAGUGUCCAUGGGAGCGUCUUGAAGACAUGAGAAAAAUGAUUCCUAAUAUUCCUUUCCAAAUGUUGUUGAGAGGAGCUAAUGCUGUGGGGUACACUAAUUACCCGGAUAAUGUUGUUUACAAAUUCUGUGAUUUGGCGGUUCAAACUGGUAUGGACGUCUUCAGAGUAUUCGACUCCCUCAACUAUCUACCCAAUUUAAUCGUCGGUAUGGAUGCUGCUGGAAAGGCAGGAGGUAUCGUUGAAGCCGCCAUUUCCUACUCCGGUGACGUCAGCAAUCCAAACAAGAAGAAAUAUGACCUGAAAUAUUAUCUUAACAUCGCUGAUGAAUUGGUAAAAGCCGGAACGCACGUUUUGGCCAUUAAGGAUAUGGCUGGUUUGUUGAAACCCAAAGCAGCAAAGAUGCUUGUGUCAGCUAUUAGAGACAAAUAUCCCGAUCUGCCAAUUCACAUCCAUACACAUGACACCAGUGGUGCAGGAGUAGCUGCUAUGCUCGCAUGUGCCGAGGCUGGGGCAGAUGUUAUCGAUGUUGCCGUUGAUUCUAUGUCUGGAAUUACAAGUCAACCUAGUAUGGGAGCCAUCGUUGCCAGUUUACAGGGUUCAGCAAAUGAUACGGGCAUUGAGUUACCCAAAGUUACCGAAUACUCCGCCUAUUGGGAACAAACCAGAACGUUGUAUGCUCCAUUUGAAUGUACUACGACGAUGAAGAGUGGAAAUGCCGAUGUCUACAAUAACGAAAUACCUGGUGGACAGUACACCAACUUACAGUUCCAAGCCUUCUCUCUAGGUUUAGGCGAUUUCUUCGAAGACGUAAAGAAGGCUUACGCCGAAGCCAACAUCUUAUUGGGCGACAUAAUCAAAGUAACGCCCUCUUCCAAAGUAGUAGGAGAUUUGGCGCAAUUCAUGGUCCAAAACAAACUUACCCCUCAAGACGUUUUAAACAAAGCCGAAGAACUUUCAUUCCCCAAAUCCGUAGUAGAAUUCCUCCAAGGACACAUUGGACAACCCUACGGGGGAUUCCCAGAGCCUCUCAGAUCUAACGUCCUCAGAGACAUGCCUCGCAUUGAAGGAAGACCUGGUGAGAGUCUUCCACCUCUAGAUUUUAAAGCACUAGGAGCUGAUUUGAAAGAAACUUUCCCUAAUGCAACCGAUAGAGAUGUUAUGUCUGCAGCUUUAUAUCCACAAGUCACAAACGAAUACUUAGCAUUUAAUGAGAAAUUUGGACCAGUAGACAAGCUUCAAACUAGGAUGUUCUUGGUAGGACCUAAAGUAGGAGAAGAAUUCGAAGUGACCAUCGAAAGAGGAAAAACUCUAGGCAUUAAAACUCUAGCAGUAGCUGAAGACUUAACAGAAAACGGUGAGAGAGAAGUAUUCUUUGAACUUAAUGGUACUCUGCGAUCAGUCUUGAUCAGAGACAAGUCUGCAGGUGAAGAAUUACACCUCCAUCCUAAAGCCGAGAAAACCAACAAAAAACAAGUAGGAGCUCCUAUGCCCGGUACCGUAAUUGAUAUUAGAAUAAAGGCUGGUGACAAAGUAGAGAAAGGUACACCAUUAGUAAUCCUUUCUGCCAUGAAAAUGGAAACAGUAGUCCAAAGUCCUGUAGCUGGAGUUGUCAAAACGAUAGACGCUGCCAUGGGAAUGAAACUUGAAGCUGAAGAUUUAAUUAUUACUUUAGAAUAGGUACUACUUUCAGGAACGCUAUUAUACAGAGCCUGGUCAUAAUUUUAGUAACGUUAUAGUUGGUUCUUUAAAAGAAGAUACUCAUAAAAGACUUUGUGGCACUACGUGCCUAUUGGAGAGUGUAAUAUACGUCUUUAUCACCAUAUUGGUACUGCUAGCGUACUCAAAAAACUUGAUUUUCUCAAGUUAUCUAUGACUAUCAGUGUUUGGAUCUUCUAUCAUGCGUUUCAUCACAGAAGUUGUUCUCGUGUGAUGACACAACUUCCAAGUAGGUGGUACAUUUUGACGAUACAUUUAUUCCCAAGACUUAUUUUAAGAUAAAACUCUGUUGCGCGGUUGACCUCACAAGUUUAAAUCCAGGUUGAUACCCCUCAUGAUUUUAUUGGGUCCAUGGUGAUACACAUGUCAAUUAUUUUGUUUCUGCUAGUAUAGAUGUCUGUAACAUUCCCCUAUUUAUUGUUGAUGAUAUUGUAAACCUGAAUGUUAUAUUGUUGUUUCUACUAAUAUUUUAUAAAGCUGACUGGAAAUUUUGUUACACUUUACUAAUACUAACUAGAACACUGCUAGAAAUAAAAUAAUUUCACAUUCGACAGUUGUCAAACGUCAGAUGUCACAUAUCACUGUUUGUAUUGGUGGAAUUACGGCUUUUAUUUACAAGGAAAGCACCUUUUAACAAUUGAGAAGUGGCAUUGGAUCCGACUCGGAUCAAACAGAAACAGAAGAAAGAAUAAAAGAAGACGACAUUGAAUAUGCGUGCCACUAAUUUAAGCAUCACACGUUCUUAAUUUUAUGAUAAAUAUAUAUUUGGGAAUCCCCGAACUCUACAAACUAUUUUUUAUAAAUACAAAAUAUUAAAUAUACUAUAUUUUUAAAAAUACAAAGUAUACACAAUGGCGUUAUGAAUUAUAAUGUGGUAUUUUGUAGUGUUUUAUGUAUGUUUAUUUGUUCGUUUUUAUAUUGUCUGCAAUUUCUUCUUAGUAUAGACAAACGUGUGUGUAUUAUGUUGUAUAUAUCGUUAACACUUUCAGACCUGUUUUUGUAGAUUUUUAAGCAUGUCAAAAGUCAUGUAUCAAACGUCAAAAGUUAUAUGUCAAACAUCAAACGUCAAUUCAACAAAACUUGAAAUAUGCCAAAGGAUGUAUUCUUAAUUGUCACACCUAACCUAAUAUAACCUAUGAAUAUAGUAUAGUAAGGUGUAAAACCGUCAACUAAUACUUUUCGGAUAGUAUCCAGCCUUGUAUUACUCUCAUUUUCAUUGUGAAUUCCUCUUUUCCUUGUAUUUAUGAACAUGUACUGCCAUAAGGUUAUAAAUUGAUAACUCUUAUCAACUAACUUUAUUCUUAUUAAUAUCGUUCAGGCUUGAAAGUGUUUAAAAGACAAUAUUAUUAUUCCUAGUGUCAUUUUAAGACAUUUUACUAAAUUAAUUCAUUUUUAUAUUCAUAAAGACGCAAUAUGCUCGACAAACCAUCUCGAAGAAAUUGCAAAUCUAACUUAUGUUAAUAACUUCCAAUGACAUUACAUAUACUUGUUUAGGCUGUGUUGUUAAAUUACUUUUAAACGUUGUUGUUGUUAUUAAAAAUUUGAUAAUGAUUUAUUGAUAUGUACCAUUUUUAAAAUGAUAAUUUUACCAUGAUCAGGUUUGUAUAAUUUAUUACUCUCUAUAUUUAAUAUAUUUUUUUACAUAAA